AUGACUACAGAUGAAGAUAAGGUGGUGUCAGAUUACCAGACGUGCAGUGACGUACAUGGUAGCUGUUCCUCUGGCUGGUAUCCAAUCACUCCGUCUCCUGGUCAGACCCUCGCAGUCUACUGCGAUCUGGACUCUCCCCUGGGACCAUGGAUUGUAAUACACAACCGCCAAGACGGAAAAGGGAACUUUUAUCGGGGUUGGAAUGACUACAAAAAUGGCUUCGGAGAUCUUGGUGGCAACUUCUGGAUUGGUAAUGAGAUAAUACACAAGCUGACGGACCUCGGAUACACGAUUAUGCGAGUAGAGCUGGAAGCCUGGGACGAGUCUAAAAGGCAUAUUGAAUACGGUACGUUCAGCCUUGCUGACGAGGCUGACAACUAUCGACUCCAGGCAACUGACCCCUCAGGAAACGUUUAUAACGCCCUAAGCUAUCACAACGGUCGUCAGUUCACAACUUUCGACUCGGACAACGACGUUUGUGGACAUUGCAACUGUGCUGUGGCUAGCCAAGGGGCUUGGUGGUACGCAGCCUGUGUCGACUCGAGCCUCAACGGGUUGUACAAGGAAGACCUCGGCAACGAUAUAGCCAACUCCAUGCUGUGGUACAAUGUGUUCCAGGGCAGAUCCCACGUUCCGAUGAAGAAGGCAAGAAUGAUGAUUAAAAAUCCGUAG